AGCCCGGUAUCGGGACCUUCCCUUUUCCCGGGGAAACGCGGCUCCUCCUGGAAAUCCUCGGAGACAGGAACCGAGGUCGGGAACAUAGAGCAUUAUCCCCGUCCCUGGGACCUUGACUCUGUAUCUAACCCCGUGCUGUCUCUGUCCCUGGGAAUGUUUGAUGGGGGACAUUGUAGAGGGAGCUUUACUCUGUAUCUAACCCUGUGCUGUCUCUGUCCCUGGGAAUGUUUGAUGGGGGACAUUGUAGAGGGAGCUUUACUCUGUAUCUAACCCUGUGCUGUCCCUGUCCCUGCCCCUGCCCCUGCCCGUGGGAGUGUUUGAUGGGGACAGUGUAGAGGGAGCUUUACUCUGUAUCUAACCCUGUGCUGUCUCUGUCCCUGGGAAUGUAUGAUGGGGACAUUGUAGAGGGAGCUUUACUCUGUAUCUAACCCUGUGCUGUCUCUGUCCCUGGGAAUGUUUGAUGGGGGACAUUGUAGAGGGAGCUUUACUCUGUAUCUAACCCUGUGCUGUCCCUGUCCCUGCCCGUGGGAGUGUUUGAUGGGGACAUUGUAGAGGGAGCUUUACUCUGUAUCUAACCCUGUGCUGUCCCUGUCCCUGCCCGUGGGAGUGUUUGAUGGGGACAUUGUAGAGGGAGCUUUACUCUGUAUCUAACCCUGUGCUGUCCCUGUCCAUGCCCAUGGGAGUGUUUGAUGGGGACAUUGUAGAGGGAGCUUUACUCUGUAUCUAACCCUGUGCUGUCUCUGUCCCUGGGAAUAUUUGAUGGGGCACAUAGUAGAGGGAGCUUUACUCUGUAUCUAACCCUGUGCUGUCCCUGUCCCUGCCCGUGGGAGCUUCUGAUGGGGGACAGUGCAGAGGGAGCUUUACUCUGUAUCUCACCCUGUGCUGGGAGCGUGGGUGAGGGGGAUGGGGUUGGUAAAUCUCUGCUCUCCUUUAGGUUCUCUGUCUGUGCACAAGUUUCCCACUUUGCAACACUGAUGAGAUACUGAUGCCAUUGGCUCUGCGCAGGUGAAAUAUUUGUCAGCACGUCCAGGUUUCGGUGCUGUUUGAGGCUGAGGAAGUGUUUUGUUUUUUGUGAAGUUCUGAUUGGGUUUGAUGUUUGUGUAUUUGAAGGUGCGGUUCUGUGGAGAAGCGGGAGGCUGCAUCAUCAAUGCCCAGCAUCAGGUCAUGAGCAUGGACAGUCUGGUUUCCCGUGUGGAGAAGGAGCUGGUCAUUGACCACAGGCAGUUGGGCCCUGGUGAAGGGUGCUCGCUGGUGGCAUAUGUGCCCACCAAGUGGCUGAGCAGCCUGAAGGAUAGGAAGUUGCUGCCAAGUUGCUGUCCCAGGCCCGAAGGUCUCACUGAUGCUGAGGUGACAAGCUUCCUGCAGCGAUCAGUCAGCAAGCUUCCAGCUGGCUGGACACGAGUCUCCCUCCAGGUCCUGAGAAAGAGCCACCUGGCCUACCCUGUGAGCCCCGAUCUGAGCUGUGCGACCGGGGGAGCAGAGAGCAGAGCCAACAGCCUGGACCUGAACUCUGUGUCUGGCUUCAUGCAGCAUGUGGCUGAGCAGAAUUACCGAAACCUGUGGCGGAUGACCCAGGGCCGUUCGGUACAUUCUGCUGUACCCCAUCGGGAGAAACCUGCAGUGUGCUGCCUUGAGGUUUUGAAGGCGGCUCUCAGCCGACUCUAUGGCUGCAGCUUCAUCUGGAUUGGGGGAGACUCUUCGCGAGAGCCUGGCCCUUCUCCAGUCCCCAUCAGCCGGGAGACGCAGCCGAACUUGCUUCCUGCAGAGGCCCUGCUGGAGUCAGCCCAGCUCCUGUAUGUGAUCCAGCCCUUCUGUCAGUAUUCGCUCAGGGAUGUGGUGAUCUACAGCCCUGCCAAGCUGGCGAACAGCAAUGCCAAGGUGCUCUUCCUCCUGUACCAGGUUCUCCAAGCCAUGCAGGCUGCUCACCAGGCAGGGCUGGCCUGCGGCAGCCUGUCCCUGACUCACCUCAAGCUGGAUGAGAGACUCCAUGUCCAACUGCAGCUCAGCCUGUCUGACUACGAGAGGCCAGAGGCCGGGGAGCUGACCGGGGAGGAAGCUGGUGACCAGGGCAGUGAGCAGGCAGCCUUGAGUGGGCAGUUGGAGGAGUUACCUCUGCCAGCACUAGCCACACACUGGGUACAUGGGCGCAUUAGUAACUUCACCUACCUGAUGGCACUGAACAGACUCACAGGCCGCAGAGCAGGUGAUCCUAACUACCACCCGGUCCUGCCCUGGGUGGUGGAUUUCACCGCCCCAUACGGAAAAUUCCGGGAUCUCCGCAAAUCCAAAUUCCGGCUCAACAAGGGAGACAAACAGCUGGAUUUUACCUACGAGAUGACCAAGGAAGCUUUCGUAGCUGGAGGUCAGACUGGAGAACAGCUUCACGUCCCUCACCACAUUUCCGACGUUCUCUCCGAUAUCACCUUCUAUGUUUACAAAGCUCGGAGGACCCCCCGCUCUGUGCUCUGUAGUCAUGUCCGAUCCCAGUGGGAAGCCAACGAGUAUCCUGCAAGCAUGGAACGGAUGCAGUCCUGGACCCCAGACGAAUGUAUCCCCGAGUUUUACACUGAUCCCACCAUCUUCCAGUCCAUCCACUCUGACAUGCCUGACCUGGAUAUUCCCACCUGGUGCAGCUCCAAUCAGGAGUUCAUCGAUAUCCACCGCAAGCUGCUGGAAUCGAAGGAGGUCUCUCUCAGUCUGCACCAUUGGAUUGACCUGACGUUUGGGUACAAACUGACCGGGAGGGAAGCAGUCAGAUCAAAGAAUGUCUGCCUGCACCUCGUGGAUGGUCACACCCACCUGACCAGCUACGGAGUUGUACAGCUGUUUGACCAGCCACACCCACCUAGAUUGUGCGGGGGCAGCUGUACCCCACCACAUCCCGUGCCCCCCAUCAGCCUGAAGGAGGCAGCAGACACCCAGCCCCUGGGUGCAGUGAAUGACCUGGUGGUGGAGACUGUGGGCUCGGAGGGGCAGGGACCUGGCGAUUGUCUGAAGGAGGAGGAUCUGGAGGAGGGGACGGAGGCACUGGAUUCCCUAUCUGGCCCAGGAAAGCCUUCAGAGGUCUCCCCUCCCGCCGCUGCCUGUAAUGUGACGAUGGUGGAUUGCCGAGCUCCCAGCAGCAGAGGGAACCGAGGCGCAGCUUCGCAGGAGCUCCUCGAGGCCAAGAUCCAACUCCCCGAGGGUUUCAAUCCUCUGCAGUCUCUGGAGGAACUCGAGAAACUCGACAACUUCCUGCUCCGUGGGUUGUACAGUGAGCUGCCGGAGGUUGUACUCCAGGAUCAGGAUCCUCAGCCCCCCUUCUCCCAGUUUGUCCAGAGGGACAUGCAGGCGUUUGGGAUCCUCAUCGCUGAAAUCUUCUUUGCUCAGCGGCUGCGAGCUCAGGCACUGGACGCUCCUCUGUGGGAUCGUUUCCUGGCUGUGCGGAAGCUGUGUGUCCACCACAUGAGAGAGAUCGCCCCUCCCCUCCAACACGCUGCCUCAACGUUACUGCAGCUUCACGAGAGCCUCGAGGAGUUAGUGAAGCCUCCGGGCCAGGCCGAUUGGAGCAGCCUGUUUGAAUAUCGAGCUGUCUGUGAGGGGUUACCACCCCCCAGCCCCGGCCAGCUGCUCAGCCCCUGCUGCCCCACCAUCCCCUUCCCUCAUUACUUCAGCCCUCUUCACCGGUUUGUCUGCACCUACUAUUCACACUGGGCAGAGGAUGGGGAUCAGGGCCGUGAUUUUGUCUUUGCUCUCUGGCAGCAAUUAGACCAACUUCUGGAGAAGAUGCAGCCAGAGGGCCUGGAGAUUCUCCUGCCCUUUGUCCUCGCACUCAUGUCCAAUGAUUUGACAGCAGUCUACACUGCCUGGUAUUUCUUUGAGCCCAUUUCCCGUGCUCUGGGACCUCGUAAUGCCACCCGGUACCUGCUGAAGCCCUUGUUGGGAGUCUAUGAGAAACCUGGCUACGUCUGUAGCCGUUUCUACCUGUACACAGAUUGUUUUGUUGUUCAACUGAUUGUACGCCUGGGCCUGCAGCCAUUCCUGAACAGCCUCCUGCCCCAUAUCCUCCAGGUUCUCACUGGGCAUGAGGGGCCUGAGGAAGGCCGGGUGCUGGAGGGAGCAGGGGAUGAUGAGGAAGGUGUGUCAGACAUGUCGGCAUCCUACUCCAACACCGACCUGAAGGCUACAGGACAGUGUGACUCUUCCAGUUUCAUCGACUUCUCCUCAGGCAUCAGCUUCAGUGAGCAGGCCGAGCUGACAGAGAACGAGGAAUUCCAGAAUGGGAUCUUCCUGAGUGACCGGGAACAGGAGUCCGUCAGCUUGGGGAAGCUGAGUGAUAAGAGCAGUAACAGUGACUCUUCGGCUGAGGACCGAGGAACUGACUGGGAUUCCAAGGAGAGACUGAGCCUCCGUUCCACGGACAGUCAUCAGGAGGUCAAACUGGCUGAGAGUCUCCUUGUACAGCCCGGGGGUGAGGGGGGGGAGGAGGGGGGGAUGGAGGAGGAGGACGACGUUGAGGGAGAUGGGGACGAUGAGGGGACAGCUCCUGAGGACACUGUCUUCUACUCUGUGCCUGAUCCUAAGGACAGGGCAUCCCUCCCGAAGGGGAAUGGUGUGGAUGAGGAGGAAGAGGAGCUGCUGAGCGAGGGGAAGGAGCAGAAGAUCCUGUUUGACACUGCCUGUAAGACGGUGAAGUGGUUGACUGCAAAGCUGGGACCCACCCUGAGCUCCAGGUACAUCGUUCGGAAUCUCCUGCGACUGUUUACAAGCUGCUACUUGGGUUCCGAGAAGCAUCAGUUUGUAUCUCUCGAUGACGACGCUGCUGACGUGGGGAAUGUCUGUGAGUGCCGGCUGGUGCUGGGGGAUCUAACAGCAAGGCCAGUCCUGGAAUGCCUGAUGUACGUGGCCCAGUUGUAUGGGGAGCCUGUACUAACAUACCAGUGCUUCACCUACGUCAUGUACCUGGUUGGCCCCGGUAACAGCUGGAGGUUGAACAGUCGGAAGGAGGCAGGGUUACUGUCUGGUGUGGUCCUGAUGCAGAAGAUCAUCGUUUAUCUGUCAGACACCACCUUAAUGGAUGUACUGCCCAAGAUUAACCAGGAGGUGCUUCUCCCAGUGCUGGAGGCACUGACAUCACCGUACACCAGUUUCCCAAGUGGAGCACAGGCUCGCUCAGUGCUCUGUGUGAAGACUCUCAGUCUGAUUGUCCUGGUAUGCUUGAGGAUUGGGCAGGAGAUGGUGACCCAGCACAUGAGUGAGAUUCUGUGUCGAUUCUUUGAAGGAUUCUCUGUUUCCACUGAUGUAGAGCAGGUGGGAGCGAGUGAGAGACUGAAGCCUGGAGGCCCUGGACACUUCGACAGCCAGGAUCGAGGCUGGGAUCCCACUGCACUCCAGGAGCUGCAGAAGGUGUUCAGUUUGGAGAUGGCUUAUUCUGCCUACGUCCCAUUCAACUGCUUGAUUGGUGAUGCGAUGAUUAAGAAAGUUGUGUGGAAUCACGAUCAUGUCUGGAAGCUGAUGACCCAGUACCAGGAGACAGUGAGCGUGCAGAGUCUGGAAUCAGCCAUCGUGCUGUCUCUGGGUGCCCAGCAUGGGAAAUCUGUCCCCUUCCAGGACCGGCCUCUGGCUGACGAUGGAGUAACGGGGACGUUUGGGAGCGUGACAGUGGGGAAUCGGAUUGAGAUCCCAGCAGACAGCGUUUCGGAGCCUUGUCUCUCGGCCCAGGUGAAGCAGUCCCCCACCCCUUUGGCGUUGGCUGGCUGCCAGCAGGGGGGUGCCUUGAAACAGGAGCUGCCCCGCAGUACCCGGAUGCUGUGUGGGAAUUGGCUGGCCUAUUGGCAGUAUGAGAUCGGGCUGAGUCAGUACGAUACCCACUUCCACUUCCAUCAGAUUCGGCUGCAGACCUUCGCUGGGCACACAGGUACCAUCAAAUCCCUGUCGAGCAUGAGUGGUGAGAACUUCUUUCUGAGUGCUGGCCGCGAUAGGACAGUGCGGCUCUGGCCUCUCUAUAACUACGGUGACGGCAUGAGAGAGAUGGAGCCCCGCUUUGUCUACUCUGAGCACAGGAAGUCUGUCUUCUACGCACACCAAGCCGAGGCACUGCAACAGGUGGUGAGCUGCGAUGGCACCAUCCACCUCUGGGACCAGUUCACAGGGAAGACCAUCCGUGUUUUUAAUGGGUUUGACACUCGAAAUCCGAUCACAGCAGCUACCCUAAUGCCAGCUCCUCAAAGCAGCGUCAUCACCAGCACCGCAGACUCUGUCCUCCACUUCUUUGACCUGAGGAAACCCGGGCUUCAGCAUGAGUUCAGGUUGAACACCAACGUGACGGCUGGGUUAAUCCGCUGCCUCGCAGUCAGUCCCACUGGGCGGUCAGUUGCAGUGGGAUUCUCCUCUGGAUACAUCUACCUGCUGGAUACUCGCACAGGGCUCCUCCUGAAGGUGUGGCAGGCCCAUGACAGUGACAUCCUUCAACUCAAGAGUGCAGAGGGCAAUGUUCUAGUCAGUUCAUCUACUGACCACUCCCUCACCAUCUGGAAAGAGUGUGACCAGAAACCAUUCCACCAUUACCGAUCACCCUCUGACCCCGUGCACACAUUCGAUCUCCAUGGUAAUGAGAUUGUAGCUGGCACUGUGGCCAAUCGCAUUGGGAUCUACUCGCUGCUGGACAGCUCACUUCCGAUCUCCAUGAACAAGCUGAGUUCCGAGAACUUCCGUGGGACACUGACCAGCCUCGGGAUCCUGCCCACCAAACGACUUCUCUUGCUGGGAUCUGAUAACGGGGUGAUCAGACUUCUGGCAUAGGCUGCUGGAGCCCACAGCAAAACGUGCUGUUUUCAUAUAGACUUGGUGCCCUGAGCUCUCCCUUCGGUCAUUAGCAACGAGGAAGUUUCACUCAUGUUCCAGUGACGAGCAGAGAGUUGCUUGAGUGAUGCCCCUCCCAGCUGAGCAGCCCCCAUCCCAGCACCGAGGGUUUUUUAAUGCACUGUACAAUGAAGCAGCCAAUUGGAGUUCACUUUCAAAAUGCACUGGAGAAGGGGCAGAGCCACACACAAAGCUUUGAAAAGUUUACAGUCGGGAAAGAUGGAGAUUCCAUUUGAACAGAACAGUUUCUGUCUGUCUGUUGCUUCAGGGUUUGGAGUUUGCUGGCCGGGGCCUAGCUGUUGUUACACACCUGACCCACGUCAACACUUGGUGCUUUGUGUGAGUGGGUUCUGUUCUCCCGAUGCUCAGGCAAGAGGCUCCAGUCUGUCUCGGGUGCUUCUCCUCUGACCCCACGCCGUCUCUGUAACCAUGUCUGCUAUCUGUCAGGAUGUGACUCCAGUCCACGGGCUCCGUGUCACUUUGUGGUGGGGGUUGGUGGCUCGGAACAAGCGGGAGAUGGUGACCCCUCCCCAUUUCUCUGUUUGGGGUCCUGUCACGUACCUAUCCCAUCCCUCUGCUGUGGGUCUGGGGUUGCUGUCCCCUUUCCCAACUGUUUCAGUGCUGCAACCAUAGUAGAUCUGGCUGACCUCGGCUACCCAAUGACCUUAGGGGCUUUAAAGCAAUGAACUUCUUGCCCCUCUGAUCCUGGGUUUUGGGGAGGCAAUAAGGGACAUGUGCCAAUGUGCAGUAAGGGCCUGUGUGAGCCUGCCUGAGGGAGUGGUCAGCCCCAUGGAUGUGGGGUCAUUUCCUGGACAGUGUGACUUCUGACUCAAAGGGGGCGUUGGUUAAGGGGCUGAUGAUUACUGAGGGGAAAAUGGUGAGUAUCGAAUGGAAAGUAACCUCAAAUAGCCAGGGGCAGGGGGAAUGUGUCACGAAUGGUGUUGACAUCUUUUAACGGCCUUAUUACAUUCUGUAUCAUAGUGUCUUCAGAAAAAAGGAGUUGUGUUUUUCUAUAGUUUGUAUCAGGUAUUAAUGAGACAUCUUGACUGUUAAAAUAACAAAUUGCUCACUGUGUGAGAGGGUUCUGUCUCCAUGGAAACCUGACACCCAUUUGUUCUGGGUGGGAGCAGGGUGCAC